CAUUUUGACACAUAAUGCAAGCACAAUAUGACUUUUUAAACCAUACUUUCGUGCGAUUAUCCGAGUAAUAUAAUUUGGUGAACAUCUUAUUGCACAAUCUUCAACUCUUUUCUAUUCUCACCAUCUGAAGGGGGAAAUAACCGCUGCGCAUCAGUGCGCCGCCUCGAAGCGCAGGCUAUUGAGCCGUCUCUCUCUACGAUGAGAAGAUCAGAUAGCUCGCUGUCAGGAAAACUGUGUUUUUGUUGAUGACAUCUCCCGCCGCGCUGGAGCGACCUACAAUAUUUUAGAAUUGCAUGGACAUUUGAAUAGUCACCCUGGUCGGAUUUAGACGGUACUGCAACGAUGGGGAGGUUGUGGUGCAGCCUCUUCUUAGUUUUUUUGUUACCCGCGGUGUUUUGUGUAGAUUUUCGAGAGGGAUCUAGACAGUCAUCACGCUCACUGUCGUUUUUUGCGAAGAGUUCCCAACUGGGACAGCACCUCAUCGCGAGGAGGUCUGUCGCGCACAAAGUUCACAAGAGGAGCGCAGAUCCGACGGGAGACAGCUGUAAUGCUCUUCAGGGCUACCAGAGCAAGUUAGCCGACAACACACACAGCCAUUUUUUCAAUGAUCUGAGUGGAUCGGUGUCUCUGGCAUGGGUUGGAGAUGGAACUGGGGUAGUGCUGGCCCUGACGACGUUUCAGGUUCCAUUAUUUAUGCUGCGGUUUGGCCAGUCCAAGCUCUACAGAAGUGAGGAUUAUGGGAAGACCUUCGACGAUGUGACAGAGCUCAUCAACAACACCUUCAUCCAGACGGAGUUCGGUAUCGCCAUCGGGCCCGAGAACUCUGGGAAGGUGAUUCUGACGGGGGAUGUGACCGCGACUCAGGGGUCGAGGAUUUUCCUCUCGGAAAACUUCGGGAACAGCUUCACCCAUGUGGACCUGCCCUUCCACCCCAUGGUGCAGAUCAUGUACAACCCACACAACCCCAGCGUACUCGUGGUCAUCAGCAACAAGCACGACCUGUGGAUAUCGGAGAACUUUGGUAGCAACUGGAAGAUGAUCCACAACACCGUCUGUCUGGUGAAAUGGGGGAUUGACAACACGCUGUUCUUCACCACAAACCUCAAUGGAUCUUGCUAUGACAGAGGAAUGCUUGUGCUGAGAAAGACGUCUGAUUAUGGAAGAACCACAAAGACUAUCGGCGAGAAGAUCUACUCGUUCGGGAUCGGUGGGCGCUUCCUGUUUGCCUCUGUCAUGACUGGAAAUGGCAACAUGCGGAUGAUCCAUGUGUCGGUGGACCAGGGCGACUCGUGGAACAUCGCCCAGCUCCCCGCUGUGGGCCACGAGCAGUUCUACUCCAUACUGGCCACCAACAACGACAUGGUCUUCAUGCACGUGGAUGAGCCUGGAGACACUGGCUAUGGCACCAUCUACGUGUCUGACGAUCGUGGCACGGUCUACUCAAAAUCUCUGGAGCGCCACCUGUACACCACCACCGGCGGAGAGACAGACUUCACCAACGUCACCUCUCUACGCGGGGUCUUCAUCACCAGCAUCCUGGCGGAAGAUGGGUCUGUGCAGAGCGUGGUGUCAUUCGACCAGGGAGGAGAGUGGGUUCCCCUGCAGAAGCCAUUCAACAGCCAGUGUGACUCCACCGCUGUGGAUAAGGACAAGUGCACUCUGCACAUCCAUGCGUCCUACAGUACCUCCAUGAAGCUCAACGUUCCCAUGCUUCCUCUCAGCGAGCCCAACGCUGUGGGACUCAUCCUGGCACACGGCAGUGUGGGUGAUGCCAUUUCAGUGAUGACUCCUGACGUGUACGUGUCAGAUGACGGUGGGUACUCGUGGCAGCGGGCGCUGCUGGGGCCACACCACUAUGCCAUCCUGGACUCCGGAGGCCUGCUGGUGGCCGUGGAGCACACCAACGAACCCAUCUCCACAAUCAAGUUCUCCACUGACGAGGGCCAGUGCUGGCACGAGUACAACUUCACCGCGGACCCCAUCUACUUCACGGGCCUGGCCUCGGAGCCCGGGGCCCGCUCCAUGAACGUCAGCGUCUGGGGCUACAAGGAGUCCAUCCUCAGCCAGUACUGGGUCUCCAUCACCAUCGACUUCAGGGAGCUCCUCACACGCGACUGCCAGGAUAAUGACUACGUGCAAUGGCUGGCGCACUCUGAUGACAUCAGCGACCCCACGGACGGGUGCAUGCUGGGAUACAAGGAGAAGUUCCUGAGGCUGCGCAAGGACUCUGUGUGCUGGAACGGCAGGGACUACACCGUCAAUAAGCAGCACACACCCUGCCCCUGCACACUGGAUGACUUCCUAUGCGACUUUGGCUACUACCGUGCAGAAAACAGUUCAGAGUGUCUGGAGCAGCCCGACUUGAAGGGCCACGUCCUGGAGUUCUGCCUCCACGGCAAGAAGGAGCAGCUGCAAACCCAUGGGUACCGGAAAAUUCCAGGUGACAAGUGCGAAGGGGGAAACCAGCCCGUGCGAAAGGUCAUAGACCUGAGCAAGAACUGCGUCAGUGACCUCAUAGACCCAGAACUGCUGAGGGACAGCCACCCCACCAGCUCUGCUCCCAUCAUCGCCACGGUGAUCGCCAUCCUCAUCAUCAGCAUCGCAGCUGGAGUUCUGUUUGUAAAGAAGUACGUCUGUGGAGGAAGGUUCCUGGUACACAGAUACUCAGUGUUGCAACACAAUGCUGAGGUCAAUGGCAUUGAGGGAGUAGACGAGCCAUUGGACACCAACGUGGCCACGUCUGCCAAGAUAGAGUUCCAUGACGACUCAGACGAGGAUCUUCUGGAGUGAGGAGCAGCAGUUCUGAGGUUUGCAGCAGGAAUCUGAGAAAACUUCUUGCCGUCUGGGGGAGAUCUCACUUGUGCAAGGCUCCUCUCCUCUCUUCAAGCACACUUGUCAUUUCCUGCCUUUCUGGCCUUCAUUUAUCCCACCUUGAUCCUCACUCCUCCCUCCUUUGCUUCUGUGCUGAUGGGAUGGAUUCCUCCAUUUGCACGGCGCUCAAGAAGAUGGUAUCCACGUCAACCUUGUAGUUACUUACAGGUCUAGCAACAAGUAGGCUGAGAAACGGGCCAGCGUGAGUGGCUAGCAUUCAGCUAAGUCAGCCGUCUUACCAGGUGCUGGUAUUUUGAGCUCUAUCUUUUUUUUUUUCAAAGGCUGUCAUAUGCAAACACAUUUUUGAAGGACAAACGAAAACAGAGAAAGCUAUUUUAUCUGCAUAUUGUUCCUUUUUGCAGAGCCAUAUCUUAACAUAAACAAAUGCUCAUGGAUGCAGUUAGGCUUGGUCAGAGGCCAUCUUUUUUCCUUCCCUGUUCCUGUUCAGUUUCAAAGGUUGAUUGGGUUCGUAAAGCUGUAUUUCCACUCACUUCCUUCCAAUUCAUCAAGAAUAUGGACUUACAUGUAUGCAGAUUUAUUUGAAUAUUCGUAGGAUUUUUUUUCUUAAAAUCUUUGUUGGUCUGAUAUUUAUUUUGGAUUAACAUUUGGGGGAAUUUCCAAAAUCUUUACCUGAUUACUGACAUAGAAUAAGUGUUUAGAUGGCCCUAUCCCUAAUGUAAGGAGCAAUAACGUGCUUAGAUACAGUGUAUCAGCAAAGCAGGCUUACCAAGCAGGAUUUGGUCAUUUAUUUGGUCAAGAGAAUACUGGUGAUUAUUUGAUAUGAGUGUGUGGUUGUGCGUGGUUGGAAAUGCCAUGCAAAGAGAGUAUUUUUAAAAAUGGGUUAGAGCAGAAAGUUUAGGCAUUUAAGUCAAUUGGGCCUCAUUUUGUAAAAUAUAAUCUUGCACUAGAAGGAAUAUGUGUCAUGGAAAUACCAGUGUGAAGGAAUGUGACACAUUUAUAUUUAACUGAUAAGCUCUGUUCAUAUUCAUGCAAAGAUGUGCAGUUUUUUGUAGAGGGCAUCAUUGUUUUAUAUGCUGAAGGACAAUUGUCAUUAUUAAUAGCAAAUUUUGCACCAAUAUGGUUGCUCAGACAGCACAAACAGCUAUAUACACACGUUAUGUCAGCCAUUUCUCUUUUAAGUUGUUCCUCAUCCCUUUGUUUCUAAUAACUUCCUCGAGCCUCACCACUGAAAUGGUUUCACUUCUCGAUCAUAGACACUGGUAGAAGGUGCAUGUGUGUACAUGUUAAUGUAUCCUCUGAUGCCCUUGCUGUUUCGAUAUGAAUAGUUUUAGUUCACUGUGCCCCCUCCACCCCAAAAACUGAAUUAGAAAAGAAAUUGUGAAGUCUUCCUACCAAUUUUGACAUUGUCUCCCCAAAUGCUUAGUGUUCUUUUUCCAUUGUUUUCAAUGGAAAUUAAGAAAAAAAUGCUGAUUUAGAUAUUAAUGUGACUUUCGUACUCAAGUUAGACUACUUUCCCCUUGUCAGCUCUCAUGUUGUAAUAUUUUUCAGCUGGCAAGUUGUAUACGGUACAAUUUGUGUUCCUGAAGCAGGAAUGCCCCACUGCAUGUAUGUACAUACUACUGUCUGGAUGUGGUCAAACAAGUGCCUGACUUGGAGGUAUGGUGUGUGCCUUCACAAGUGGUGUAAUGCUCCUGUUAAAUUAUUGACGAUGGGUAUCAGGUCUGUGUGCCCAUCCCCUUGUAUUCUGUUUCCAGUGGAACUCGUCACUUGUCACACAUAACUGUAGAAGGUUUUGCAUACGAAGCAAAAGACGCCUAGCAUCUCAUUCGGUCUGCCUCACUGAGUUUUCCUUUGUACAUAUUGGCCAACCCCAAGUCAUACGACUACUGCAAUUAGAAACAGAUACCUGAGAACUGGGGUUGGCUCUGAGAACACCCCUCCCCCACAAAAAAAGCAAUGGUCGCAUCAAAAGCGAAGAUGGCCUCUUGUCUGUCAUUCUUUAAAGCAAUAUUUUUCUCACUGGCAUUAACAUUUUUUGUAACCGUGGCAGCCCAGUUACAUCAGAUGAAUGUAAGCUAAUUCAGUUGUAGCUCCGGUUUCCUACUGACGACCCAGUUUCUUCCUUUCCCCUUAUUGUUUUUGCACAAUAGUUCUGGUUGAAAUGAUUGCAGUUGCAGUUGGUGUGUUGAUUUUUGAAGGGUACACAUACAAUAUGCUCCUUGGUAAACUGGAAUCGGGAAGAUGUGUGGUUUGUCUUGCCGUUUUAAAAUCAAUGUAUAUAAGCAUUCAAUGUCACCGCUCUGUAAAUAUUCAGCUGCUCUGAGUUUGUAUCAGCUGCUCUUGUUCUGUAUAUUGGAAGGAAAUUUUGCUUUGGUUGAAGAAAAAUAAAUUAAUGUGUCCCUUUU